AUGUCCGGAACUUCUGCUGUCGGUACUUUCACUGCCUGGGACUAUCUUGUUUUUGCCCUAACGCUGCUGAUCUCGGGGCUGAUAGGCAUCUAUUAUGCGGUGAAGGGAAAAGGACAGGAAACUUCCAUGGAUUUCCUGAUGGGGAAUCGGCAGAUGAGUGUCCUGCCAGUGGCUCUGAGUCUCACUGCCAGCUUCAUGUCUGCCGUGACUGUGCUCGGGAGCCCCUUUGAGGUUUAUCGAUUUGGGGCAAUCUUCUCCCUGUUCGCACUUUCUCAGCUCUUUACCAUGUUUAUUACCUCUGAGAUCUUCUUGCCGGUUUUCUACAGACUCGGGAUUGCCAGCACCUACGAGUAUUUGGAACUGCGGUUUAACAGAUGGGUACGUUUAUGUGGAACAAUUCUAUUUAUGAUCCAAACAAUUCUAUACACAGGGAUUGUUAUUUAUGCUCCAGCACUUGCGUUAAAUCAAGUCACAAAGUUUCAUCUCUGGGGAGCUGUAAUCUCAACCGGAAUAGUGUGCACCUUUUAUUGCACUUUGGGAGGUCUCAAAGCUGUUGUCUGGACAGAUGUAUUUCAGAUUGGAAUUAUGGUAGCUGGUUUCAUUGCCGUCAUUAUCCGUGCCAUGAUGCUUGAAGGUGGUAUUGGCAAUGUGUGGGAUGCUGCUUAUUACGGAGGAAGAUUAAACUUCUGGAAUUUUGACCCAAACCCAAUGCGAAGACAUACUUUCUGGACAAUUGUAAUAGGUGGCACCUUCAUUUGGACAGGAAUCUAUGGAGUGAAUCAAGCACAGGUUCAGAGAUACAUCUCAUGUAAAUCCAGAUUUCAAGCUAAAGUAUCCCUUUAUGUGAAUCUUAUUGGACUCUGGGUGAUCAUGACAUGUGCAGUACUGUCAGGAUUGUCAAUGUACUCUAUUUAUCGGGAUUGUGACCCAUGGACAGCAGGGAAGGUUAAAGCACCAGACCAGUUAAUGCCCUAUCUAGUGCUGGACAUUUUUGAAGGCUACCCUGGAAUGCCAGGACUCUUUGUGGCAUGUGCAUAUAGUGGAACAUUAAGCACAGUCUCUUCGAGCAUUAACGCUCUAGCUACUGUAACAGUAGAGGAUAUUAUCAAGCCCAUUUUCAAACCCCUUUCUGAAAAACAGCUGUCUUGGAUUUCCAAGGGGAUGACUCUUUUAUAUGGUUUGUUGUGUAUUGCAAUGGCUGGCUUGGCAUCAUUAAUGGAAAGUCUUCUUCAGUCGGCUCUCAGUAUAUUUGGAAUAGUUGGAGGGCCGCGUGGGUUGUUCACUUUGGGUAUUUUGUUUUCUUGUGCCAAUUCCAAAGGAGGAAUUGUAGGACUGAUCACUGGGUUUGCCUUUGCACUGUGGAUAGGAAUUGGAUCUCAGAUCCACGAACUACCACCUGAGACAACAAUGCCUUUGCUCCUCAGUAUUGAUGGCUGUAACUUCAGUAAACCCAUUAAUGAGACAUCCUGGACAUCUGAAAUCCCUAGGACAACAGCACCAGGAACAACCAUAACUGAUACCUGGCAUUCCUUAUCCUAUCUGUACGUCAGCACAUUUACAACGUUAAUUGUUAUCACUGUUGGUCUAAUUGUCAGCUUAUUAACAGGAGGAAGGAAGGCUCAUGUGAACCCUGACUUACUACUGUGUUGGACAGAUUUAUCAUGCUAUUUUCCUCGGUCUUCCAGUAGUGAUGAUUUAAUCCAGGUUAUGAAGUGGAGACAAUGCACUGACCCAAUCACUGGAAAUAAUAACGCUGGCUUCAGUAACAUUGAAAUGAGUUGCACAGAGCAAAGGAAAAUGUAAAGUGGAACACAGCACUGUAUGGAAUAAGAAAAGGUUUUUCAGACCAUCAAUCCAAUUAUUUCUGUGACAGACCAUGUGCAUUCUCAUAGAAUUUACACAGUUGAUGUAAUCUCUUGAGGUAGACAAAUAAAAGUAAUACGUCAAAGAAAAUUUGAUUAAUGAAAUUAACAUCCUGGAGGCCUUU